AUGAAGCUCACUUCCAUCAUACUCGGCACCCUCGCCGUUGGGCAGGUACUUGCUGCUGACUUCAACCUUCACGCAACCUACACGGAUGAGUUGGUCAACGUGGGCAACCUUGAUUCCUUCUGGAGCGUCUGGAACCGCAUGUACGAUGUGUCCGACGACAAGGGCGGCCUCUCCGACCACACCACUUGGCAGUACACCGGCAACUGCAACUCUGGGUACGACAAACCAAAGACAUCUGUCCGAGUCCAGCUCGAUGGGCAGUGGGGAGUAGUCGGCAAAGUCAGCGGCUGGCAGAUGCGAGAUGCCCUCAUCCAAGCUAUGUGGGCAACUGUCCAGGCAGCUGGUCAGCAGAACCAGUACCCCGUCUACACAGACUGCAGCGGCUUUACCUGGCAGGAAUCUACUCCGAACAACAAAAAUGCUGCUUGUGGUCGGGCUACCACGAAGAAGGUCUACUGCCCCUGCGAGUACAUGGUAGAGUGCCAGAAGUUUAGCUGGGGCCGCAAGCUCCCGUCCCAGGUCCGCAUCAACGUCUACAACAGGGACGGGUCUCUCCGUGCGGAUAUGUACCAGAUCAAGAUCGGCGCCCAGACCUUGAGGGGCGAGAGCGGUUGCGGGAAAGCUGGCGCCAUUGCUGAGGUGCUGGCUAGCUUCGUCCCAGGUGUUGGCCAGUACUUCGACAAGGGUAUCAAGAUCGCAUGCCGACAAGGAAGUCUCUGGUAA